AUGGUGAUGGUCGCCCUGCUCUGUAGCCUGCUCGUGGCUUUGCCGUCGGCGGCCUCCGCCCUGGCAGUCGUCCCCUCGACCGAUGGGGAGGCGGCGGUGGAGCUGGUGCAGAUGCUGGCCGGCACUCAGCUGUCCGACAGGAUGAGCAACGGCAACACCCUGCCUCAGGUGAAGAGGCCUUGGGGGUUCAACGACUGGGCCCCUCACACCUCUGGCAGCCUGAACGACAACCCGUGGUGGUUCCACACCGCCGAGAGGACGUUCAUGGGCUUCAAGUGCUCGCAUCAGCCGUCGCCCUGGCUGGGAGACUGGGGCUACUUCAGCAUCAUGCCAGACAUCGGCAGCCAUACCGCCAGCUCCCAACCUGAGUAUUUCACACGACAGAAGAAGGAGCCGCCCAACGGCUACCUGCACUACUCUCCGCAGGAGUCCACGUGGAAGCCGUACCUCUUCAGCACCUCGCUGGGGAAGGAUCGUCAGGCGGAGCCGUCGGAGCGCCUUCAGUUUCAGUUCUCGCCCACCAGCCACGCUGGCGCGGCACGCGUGACCUUCCCUGUGGGCUCCGCGGAGCCCGGCAGCAUCGUCGUGAAGGUGCCGCAGGGCGCCAGCGUGUCGAAGCGCCGCCUCCUGAGCGGCUACACCUCCACGGCUGCCCAAGGUGCGGUUCCGAAGGAUUUCAAGAUGCACUUCGUCAUGAAUUUCAGCGAGCAGCCCAAGCGCGUGGAAGAAGAGGAGUGCGCCCCGAAACCGUGCUCGUUCGUCAGGCUCCACUUCGACCACGGCGUCGAGACGGUAGAGUUCGGGGUGGCCACCAGCCUGAUCUCCAUGGAGCAGGCCGCGCUGAACCUGAAGCAGGAGGUCGGCGACAAGAGCUUCGAGUCGGUGGUGGAGGAGGGCCGCCAGGUGUGGUCGGAGGCCAUGGGGCGCGUCUCCGUGCGGAUGGAGGACGACACGCAGCACAAGGUCUUCUACACCAACCUCUGGAAGUCCAUGCUUUUUCCCCGAUACCUUCAGGAGACGGACAGGCACGGCAAGGAGGUGCACUACAGCCCCUUCAGCGGGAAAGUCAAGAGCGGGAAGAUGGUUGUGGACAGCGGCUUCUGGGACGCGUACCACACGGUGUACCCCCUGAAUUCGAUCGCCUUCCCAGAGAACCUCGGCCACCUGAUGGAUGGCUGGCUGAACGCGUUCGACGAGAAUGGGUGGAUCCCCCAGUGGGCCUCGCCUGGCAACCGCGACUCCAUGGUCGGCACCAUGAGCGACGUCUCCAUCGCCGACGCCAUCGUGAAAAGCGAGGCGGGGGGCUUCUCAUUCGACAUGGCCAAGGCCUACAGGGCCGUCCUCAAAGACACGGCCAGCGCCCCCGAGCAGAACGACGCCGGAGGUCGCCGGGAGCUCUUGGAGUACGACCAGGCGGGCUUCGUGGCCGAAGGUGACGGCAGGCGGAUGUCGAGGGUGACGCUGAACCCGAGGAGUCGGAUACGCUCGAAGAACAAGAAGCGGCAUGGACGUGAUUUCUCGGAGCUCCGAGACAUGAUGUUCAUGGGGCGCAAGAGUGACCCUUGCAUUUGCAUUUUCUUCGCACCAGGCGUUUUCGCCCAGGUUGGCCGUCACAGAUCGAUCCGGCUCAAAGAGUGCAGCAGGAAGAUGGGGUCUAGGGCUCCGGUCGUGAUUUACGACGAUGUUUCAAAUUUGUCGCGACGUCGGAUCUCAGGGAUUGUCGGUUGCACGUAG